AGCGGUCCAGAGCAAGUAGAAAGAUUUGGGCGAGAUCGUGCGCGGGAGCCGGGCCGUGCGGCGCGAGCGCGCAGGCGCGGCAGAGGGGGCGGGCUGCUACUCCGGAAUCUGCGAACCGCAGUCGGUGCCGCAUCCUCAGCCCGCCGCCAUGGCAGCCCACAAACUGGUGCUGAUCCGCCACGGCGAGAGCGCAUGGAACCUGGAGAACCGCUUCAGCGGCUGGUACGACGCCGACCUGAGCCCAGCGGGCCACGAGGAGGCGAAGCGCGGCGGGCAGGCGCUGCGAGAUGCUGGCUAUGAGUUUGACAUCUGCUUCACCUCAGUACAGAAGAGAGCGAUCCGGACCCUCUGGACAGUGCUAGAUGCCAUUGAUCAGAUGUGGCUGCCAGUGGUGAGGACUUGGCGCCUCAAUGAGCGGCACUAUGGGGGUCUAACCGGUCUCAAUAAAGCAGAAACUGCUGCAAAGCAUGGUGAGGCCCAGGUGAAGAUCUGGAGGCGCUCCUAUGAUGUCCCACCACCUCCGAUGGAGCCCGACCACCCUUUCUACAGCAACAUCAGUAAGGAUCGCAGGUAUGCAGACCUCACAGAAGAUCAGCUACCCUCCUGUGAGAGUCUGAAGGACACUAUUGCCAGAGCUCUGCCCUUCUGGAAUGAAGAAAUAGUUCCCCAGAUCAAGGAGGGGAAACGUGUACUGAUUGCAGCCCAUGGCAACAGCCUCCGGGGCAUUGUCAAGCAUCUGGAGGGUCUCUCUGAAGAGGCUAUCAUGGAGCUGAACCUGCCGACUGGUAUUCCCAUUGUCUAUGAAUUGGACAAGAACUUGAAGCCUAUCAAGCCCAUGCAGUUCCUGGGGGAUGAAGAGACGGUGCGCAAAGCCAUGGAAGCUGUGGCCGCCCAGGGCAAGGCCAAGAAGUGAAGGCCAGCGGGGAGGAUACUGUCCCCAGGAGCACCCUCCCUGCCCGUCUUGUCCCUCUGCCCCUCCCACCUGCACAUGUCACACUGACCACAUCUGUAGACAUCUUAAGUUGUAGCUGCAGAUGGGGACCGGUUGCUCCCAUUUUCAUUUUAGCCAUUUUGUCUUCUGCACCCACUCCCUUUGUACAAUCUAGUCAGAAUAGCACUUCUAGAGCAUAGGUUCUCAGUCCAAGCUGUGGAAAAGCUCCCCUUAUCCAACAGAGUUUAAAGGUAGU